UUUUGGUCUAAGCUUUUCUAGACUUACCUGCAGAUUGCAGAUCGCAAAUUCGCGCCUCGUCGCCUUUUGAAGUCUAGAGAGCGGCCUCUAUGAAGUCGACCUGAUCAAUAGACUAUUUUCUACAAUACCAUCGGCGGAGCUCACCAUCGAGUAAUGACUACCCGAGGACCGCCCCCGGCGACGCCCAUGCGAUGAUGCCGAUACGACUUCAACAUGUCACUGGCACAAUGCGAAGACUGCCUCUUGGCACACCCCUAGCGACACAGGCCGCCUGGUUCUCUUCCUCGGGACGACUCGGCCGUUCUGCAAAGGAGCUAAGAUGGACACUCGAAAGGCGCCGCCAAGAGAAAGAAAAUAAAGAUUAUUGGUUCGAGGAACGUGGCAGACAGCGCAAGGACAAGAUGGACGAGAUAAAACGGCGGCUACGCGGCGAAGACUUGAAGGCUUCCAAGGAAGACGCUUCGAAGCUCCCAUCAGUUCGACCACACAGGCCACCCCCGCAUCCGGUCGACUUCAAGACUUUAUCAAAGGAACAUUGCUUCAAAAGGAUAUUCCUUGACCUCGACAUUGGGCUGGCCGCCUUGGACUACCGAAUGGUGCACCUCCCCGGCAAAUUGGAUAAAUUGUUCGAGCAACUCAAGAUCCAGAUAUCUCCGCGGCAUGUCAUGAGAAACUGGGACAGGGAGUACUUUGUCGAGACGAUGAGCGAGCAUCCCUACUCGGUCCUCUACAGGCACAGGUACGAGCAGAUGAAGGAGACCAUGCCGCUCUGGAUUUGGCUGUACGGAGUCACCGCGAACGGAGGCCCACUCGUUGUGAAUACUGCCAGGAGGACCAUGAGGCGCGAGCUUCACGCUGCCCUGGAUGCCAGAGGCUACGACCCCGAGGGACGUCUGAAAAGGCCCAAGUGGGGCACGGGGAAGGGCACUUCCUUGACGGGCGAUUUGAAGGGUACGAUUGCUCUUACUGCCAGACUCCCCGCCGACGUGGUGAAGAGGCUCCCCAAGGCCGAUCUGCGGGCGGCGAUGGACGUGGCCGUGGACCGUCUGAUUGAACUCAAGGACGCGGAGCAGAACCCGGAGCGGUGGCAACGCGAGUACGAUGCGAAGCUGGAGGAGAGAGCACGGGAAGAGAUUGAGCGGGAAGACGAACGGAAGCGUCGGGAAGACGAGACGAAAGCAGAAGCGAAGCGGCGGGAGGAGGAAUGGCUGGAAGAAGAGUUCCAGAAGGAGGCGGUAUGGCGGCAGAGGAGACUGGAGCGGGAAGAAGCACAGUUGCGAAUCAAGGAGGAAAGGCAGCUCAGGCGGAAGGAGCGGAGACAAAAGGCGGCUGAGGAGAAGCGCCGGAUCGAAGCAGAAAGGCCCCUGAAAUCGGGCCAACUCUGGGCAUGACGAGGACGUUCGGAGCUGGAGAAUGAUGGCAGAGAGAUGGAUAUGGUCCCAUUAUCGAGAGAAGGGAUGGGCAGUCUUUCAUGAUGACAGCCUCGGCUGGAGUCUGUGUAACAUACUUCUACAAAUGAUACCCCCGAAUAGAAGCCAUUACUUUA